AUGGAGAAGAUAAAUCAGACUAAAGUGACAUAUUUCAUUAUUGAGGGUAUUUCUGACAACCCUAAACUACAGACUCCAAUAUUUCUUAUGAUUCUACUUAUUUAUCUCAUCUGCCUUGGUGGUAACAUGAUGAUUAUUCUGCUCGUCUCUCUGGAUCCUCAACUCCAAACUCCCAUGUAUUUCUUCUUGAGUAACUUGUCCCUCAUUGAUAUAUGCUCAUCCACUGUCAAUCUACAUAAGACCUUGUUUAUCUUUAUAUCAGGAGAUAAUACUAUGUCUUUCACUUUCUGUAUCACUCAAAUGUUUAUGUUUUCAUCAUUUCAAACUACUGUGCUAUUGAUACUAACAGUGAUGGGAUAUGACCGCUACGUGGCCAUAUGCAAUCCAUUUCAUUAUCACAUGAUCAUGAGCAGACGAGUUUGCCCAAUGCUGGUCAUUACCUGCUGGGUUAUAGGUCACAUGGAAAUAAUACCUACACUUUUAACAAUAUUGAACUUCACAUGCUAUAAAUCCAACAUCAUAAAUCAUUUUUUCUGUGAUGUGAUGCCAUUAAAGAAAAUUUCUUGCAGCGACACUACUUUUUUAGGGCUUUAUAUUCUGAUUGAGGGAAGUUUACUUUCAUGUUUCACUCCAUUCGUUCUCACAUUCAUCUCUUACAUUUUCAUUAUAAAGACCAUCCUAAGGAUCCGAUCCAGCACUGGAAGACGUAAAGCCUUCUACACAUGUUCCUCACACCUCACGGUUGUCAUCCUUCUUUAUUUGACUCUCUUCUGCCAAUAUAUGACACCAGAGUCAAUGAAUGACCUGGCAAAUAGAAAACUUCUUUCCCUCUUUAACACAGCAGCAGUCCCCAUACUGAACCCACUGAUUUACAGUUUGAAGAAUAAAGAUGUAAAAUCAUCUCUAAGACGACUUUUGAGAUCUUUGAAGGUUUAUACUUAA